AUGUGGUCCACUGAAAGCAUGGAGCCGGACAACAGACACACCCAGAGCAGCUUCUUCAGCAAGGUGGAUGUGCCUGACCAUGCUCACUACAUCAUCGCCUUAUUCGUCUUUGUCAUCGGGAUGCUGGGCAUCACUGGCAACGUGCUGGUUAUGUUCGCCUUCUAUAGUAACAAGAAGCUUCGUAACCUGCCUAACUACUUUAUCAUGAACCUGGCGGUCGCUGACUUCCUACUGGCUUUCACACAGACCCCCGUCUUCUUCAUCAACUGUCUCUACAAGGAAUGGGUGUUUGGAGAGAUGGGCUGUAAGAUGUAUGCGUUCUGUGGCGCCUUUUUUGGCAUCACCUCCAUGAUAAACCUACUGGCCAUCUCUAUCGACCGCUACCUCGUCAUCACCAAUCCUCUGCGGGCCAUGCACUGGUGCUCCAAACGAAGAACCACCCUGGCCAUCCUUAUCGUCUGGCUUUACUCUUUCGCUUGGAGUCUGGCUCCUCUUGUUGGUUGGAGCUCUUAUAUCCCAGAUGGCCUGAUGACAUCUUGUACAUUGGAUUAUAUGACAUACACAUUUGCCAAUAGGAGCUACACGAUGAUGCUGUGCUGUUUUGUUUUCUUCAUUCCACUGGGAAUCAUCUUUUACUGCUAUCUCUUCAUGUUUCUGGCUAUACGGAAGACGGGCAGGGAGGUAGAGCGUCUGGGGACUCAGGUGAGGAAAUCCACCCUGAUCCAGCAUAAAUCUAUGAAGAGUGAGUGGAAGAUGGCAAAGAUCGCAUUUGUCGUCAUUGUGGUUUAUGUCCUCUCCUGGUCACCAUACGCCUGUGUCACAAUGAUUUCUUUUGCUGGUCAUGCCAACAUCCUGUCGCCGUACACCAAGGUUGUCCCUGCAAUCAUUGCAAAAGCCUCCGCUAUCUACAAUCCUAUCAUCUAUGCUAUCAUACACAACAAAUACAGGAUAACUCUGGCGGAGAAGUUUCCCUGCCUGUGGUUUUUGUCUCCCACUCCUCGAAAGGAAUGCAUCUCCUCUGUCAGUGAGUCCUCUUUCAGGCACUCCGUCAUUAGCAGACAAUCCACAGCAUCAAGAACUCACUAUAUUACAGCUUCACCUGACAUGGUAUUCAAGGAUGUAGAAAUUGAGCCUUUGGGAAGGAAAUCAUUCUCCAGAAGAAUACCAUCUAACAGACAGUCUUCCAGAGGCAGGUCCUAUAAGGAACAAUUAGAGCAGAAGGCCUCCAAGACACACGCAGCAGAGAGGCACCCAAUGAGUAAAUCAUUGAGCAACUGUGACCAUGAACUGGUUUCCAGCACUCUCACCAUUGCCUCUCUCCCCUUACUGGUUCUUACCAAGAGCCGCAGCCAGAGUCUGACCAAUGAGAUUUCAGAUGCACAGGAGACGAAAAACAGCACCAUGGAUUAUCACAAGAGCGACCCGCUUGAUUCCCUUAAUUUUGGAAAAAUCCUGUCCACUGAUCCCAGGUCGCCUCAGGCUGUCCCACGCAUAAUCGUCAUCAGUCCUUCAUCUGAAAGCAGCCUCAUCAACCAUGACAGUGUCUGCUUAGAAGACAGUAUUGAGGCAAUGGAGAACAAUGUUUUUGUCAGCCUGAACUUCUCAACGGAAGUCUUUGAGGCAGUGGAGCUAAUCUCUUGA